CAUUCUCCCGAUGACAAGAAACUUUCUCCUAGAAUGACCAAGUUCAAGACCAAUGACAGUGAGUAUUCCGCUUAUAAGAGAGAAAGAAGACAAAGCAGCGGAUCCAUCAACAGUGAUGAUUCCCAUGCCUCUAGAAGUUCCCAAGAAACCGAAGAAGAUGUCUGUUUCCCUAUGCUGCGUGAACACAUUAGAAUCAACGGUAUCGACUUUGACGAAUUGGAAGAGUUUAUCAAUGAAGAAAGAGAGCACAAGGAGGACAUUAGACGUCAACAGCACAUCAAUAUCCAAUCCACCAUCACGAGAUUGAGUGAACGUAAGUCUUCCAUCAGCUCUUCUAGAUCUGCCAUGAAGUACACUCCAAGACACAUUUUGAAGAAGACUCAAACUAACUUGGCCAAAAUUAGAACCCAUUUAGAAGGUCACAAGGACGAUCAUGUUCCUCCUCCCCCUCCUCCACACCUUGUUAUCUCCUCCGCUUCGUCUUCCAUGGAGGAAUCUCAUGAAUUGAAGUUUAUGGAAAAGGACGACGAUGUUCAUUCCGAACAAGUUAAGUUUGGCGGGGCUGCAAUUGCUGAUGCUGGUGCUACCCCAUUUGGUUCAGAUCUUCCUGAUAGAUUUUCAUUCUUCCAUUCCGAAUCCGAUGAAACCAUCCAUGCCCCAGAUUUGCCAAGCUUGGUCCCUGCUGGUUCUUCUAUUGCCGAUUUGUUCAAAAACGGUAAAGGUACCUGGUGGUUGGAUGUGACCUGUCCUACCGAUGCCGAAAUGAAAACCUUUGCUAAAUCCUUUGGUAUCCACCCUUUGACUGCCGAAGAUAUUAGAAUGCAAGAGGCUCGUGAAAAGGUUGAGUUGUUUCGCAGUUAUUACUUUGUCAGUUUCCACACAUUUGAAAAUGACAAGGAAUCAGAAGAUUACUUGGAACCCAUCAAUGUCUACAUAGUCGUGUUUAGAGAAGGAAUCCUCACUUUCCACUUUUCACCAAUCACCCAUGGUGCUAAUGUCAGAAGAAGAGUGAGACAAUUGCGUGACUAUGUUGACGUUAGUGCCGAUUGGUUAUGUUAUGCCCUUAUUGAUGACAUCACCGAUGGUUUUGCACCAGUAAUCACCGGUAUUGAAUAUGAAGCUGAUUCCAUUGAAGAUUCCGUGUUUGUAGCAAGACAAACUGAUUUCAAGACCAUGUUGCAAAGAAUCAUGGAGGCAAGAAGAAAAGUCAUGACCUUGAUGAGAUUGUUAUCGGGUAAAGCCGAUGUUAUCAAGAUGUUUGCCAAGAGAUGUCAGGAUGAAGCCAUUCAACAAGACCUUUCCACCACAACAGCACCAGUCAAUGCUCGUCCCCGGGCAAACAUUGCCCUUUACUUGGGUGAUAUCCAGGAUCAUGUGGUUACUAUGUUUCAAAAUUUGCUCGCCUAUGAAAAGAUUUUUAGUAGAUCCCAUGCCAACUAUCUUGCCCAAUUGCAAGUGGAGUCGUUCAAUUCCAACACCAAGAUUAGUGAGAUGUUUUCCAAGGUUACUUUGAUUGGUACCAUGUUGGUUCCGUUGAAUUUAAUCACGGGUUUGUUUGGUAUGAAUGUCAAGGUCCCCGGAGGUGGCGUGGAAAACUUGGGGUGGUUUUUCGGGAUUGUCGGGGUCAUUAUCGUGUCUAUUGCAGGUUCGUUCUUGUUUGCCCAAUGGUGGUUGAAGAAAUUGGGUAAUGAAGAGGAUGAUAUGCCUGUGAUGAGUUCAAGAAGAUCAAUUAGAAGUUUGGGGUUGAGAAGAGGCAGGGAUCGCGCCAAGUCGAUUCUUAGUUUUCCUAACAAGUACGAGUAGCGUGUGUGUGUGUGUGUUUAUUUAUAGAGUUCUAGAUUAAUUGCAUUGUUUGUUUGUUUUUAUUGUAAGCUAGUUUACGUGAGCUUGACGUUCGUAGAAUUCUGCAACUUCGGUUGAACUUGUGGCAUCUUCGAUUCCCUUAUCGUCUCUAAUUCUAAGGAAACGAGGGAAUCUCAAGGAAAUACCCUUUCCAUACUCGGUAUGAGCAGCUUUAUAAAUUGGACUCAACGACAAAUCAGCAGUCAAUACUUCGAAUAAUAAACUAGGUUCAAACCAUACGUCAGGAGCAGCAUUUGAAUUGGUGGAAUCAUACACAAAAUGUGGUCUAGGAUUAGGAAUCUCGGUGGGGUGUAACUUAUUAUACAAAUUGGUUAAAUCUUCAUCACUGAACCCCGUUCCUAUCUUACAUGUGGUUUCCAACUCGCCCGAAUCUUGAUUAUACGAAGCAAGCAAGAACCCACCGUACGUCCCGGUUCUCUUCCCCCUACCGUUAUACGCGCCAAUAACGACCAAGUCAAGGGAAUCGCCUACACCAGCCAAAUAGUCCUUCUUUAAUUUAAGCCAGUUUCUCGACCGUUUUGAUGGUUCGUAGAAGGACUCGGUUCCAUUCAACAUCUUCACCAUCAAUCCCUCACACGAGUCCUUGACGGACUGAUCAAGGAACAAUUGCAAUUCGUCCAAGUUGGACGAGUCCUUUUUCGUGGCGAACUGGAAUUUCCCUUCAAUGGUGGUGAAGUUGUUGUACAACACCUCUCGUCUCUCUGCGAGCGAUUUUGUAAUUAGGGAUUCCCCAUUAUAGUAAAUCAAAUCAAAUGCAAAAAGACAGAUGUGCACCGUGAUGUCCUUUUCAUUCACGUCCUUUCUCUUUCUCGUGGAUAACACUUGAAAGGGGAGGAUUUUAUUCUGGACACGAUCCCACGCUACUGCUUCACAGUCGAGAAUCAUCGAGUGUAAUUCUUGCUGUUUACUGAAUUCAGUAAUGAUUGAGAUCAAGUCGGGAUACCUUUGUGACAUGUCUUCUGAGUUUCUCGAGUAGAUCCUCACGCUAGCAUCAGGCAAGACGUGGACUUGAGCACGUUCGCCAUCGUAUUUAUACUCACAGGUAAAUUCCUCGUGCUGGAAUCUGUCCAAUACUUCACCAAUGGAUUUGGUAGGUUUUGCCAACAUGGGCUUCACGGGGAUACCUGGGGUUAACCUGACAUGGUCCAAUAAAUUGAAAACUCCAUGCUCAGAUGCAUUCUUGAUUAUCACUUCAUAAUUGGGAAUCUGCGAGAAUGCUUCUCUAAUUAUAUCCUCUGCCUUGCUCAACUCGUCCGCGUGCACUUUAUGCUUCUUUUCAUGAUUUACGAACGCCUGUGCCAAGGCAAUAAGCACAGUCUUUUCCGCCAAUCCAAUUCUGAGUUUCCCUUCCAACGACCUAAUUAAGAAUUUUGCCUCGUUAGUUUUGGGAUCGCACGCCGUCAACAUCUUGUUAAUGAUCCCGAUCUUCUUCAGCUGGGAGUCCUUACCGGUGGACCUGGCAAUCUGGGUCAAAUUGGCAAACACGGUGUCGAUGUCCAACGGUUGUGGUUUAAACAUGGUAGGUUGUCCACUUCUCGAUUUCUGGGCCACUAGACCCAAAUCUCCAACUUCUUUAUAGUCCAGCUUGAUCUUGCUCGUGGCCCGGCCG